GGCAAGGAGGUACAGUGCUGUAGAGGGAUGGGAAGGAGAGGGAAUACUUCAGAAAUUAUUGUGGAAACUAGCACCCUUUUUUAUUUUUGUCUUGAAUUCCAAGAUAUUGAUACCUAGGUGCCUGACUGGAUGAAGGGUUUUGGUUUUUGGGGGGGUUUUUUGUGUCAGAAUUCAGGAGUUCUUUCCUUUAAAAAAAUAGUGUGGCAGUUGAAGUUAUUUUUGGGAGAGCAGCUUAAUAAUUCCUUAUUAAGCUUUUUCCUUCAGCAGAGUCUGCCUUUUUGGCUAAGUGUGAAUGUGUUCAGCACAUCACUUGAAGUACUUAAGUUCUUUGAACUAAAGGUUAUCAGACUGUACAACAUCAGGCAGUAAAGCCUCACAGUAUUUCUGUACCCAGUGCUCUUGUUCCACAUCUCUGUGCAUCCCAUGAGGAUGGUUUCCAAAGUAAGACAUGCAUUUGGAGUGUUGUAGCUGCCUCACCCAGGGCUGAGCUAUGAAAAGUGAUACCUGAAAGAUGCAGUAAAGCCUGGAGAGGAGAGUGGUGGACCUGCACAGGAACCACCUGUGCUACUCCUUUCCUGUUUUGAUAAUAGAGGGAGGCACAAUCUGCCCUUUUGUGACUAGUGCAGGGGCUUUUGUUCUGCCUGUCUGUAGCAGAAGGGGAUUGAUUGUUGCUCCCCUUGCAGAGGGAGCCCAAGCACCCACAAGGAGCAGGCCUUGCUCCGGUGCUGUGGAGCCCGGUCUCGGCCUGAGGGGGGGAACGAGAGACCACAGCAACCAUGGACUGACUGAAAAGCCCGAUGCUUGUAAAAAUGUGAACUGAAAUACAACACACGGUUCAGAGGUGCUCUCCUGGAGAGCUAAGUUUGGGAGUGCCUGCCACGCUAAAGGCAACAGUUAAAUAUGCAAUGUGUGUUAAUGAGAGAAAAUGGUUCUCCCACAGUGUACAGGUCUCAGGCCACAGAGGGUAUGCUGCUGCCACACUGAAGUUGUGCUGAAAUCCAGUUACUCCUCUUGGAUGUUGAUCUGUUUGUCCUCCCCAGCAUGGCCAGUGCUACCAGCAUUUCUUCACGGUUUAUUCCCACAGUCGGAUAAAGUGUGCAAAGAUCUUGGAAGAUGGAUCCUGAAAUACAGAAGAUGAAGGAAGUUGUCCUUGUCUACCUUGACAGAAGUGGUGGCCUUCAGAAAUUUGUGCAUGAUUGCAAAAAAUACAAUGACUCAAAACAAAGUUAUGCUGUUUAUCGUUUCGUUAUUUCAAUUAAUCCUUCUGACAUUGCUGAAUUGGAUGCAACUCUUGGAAACUAUAUUCUUCAUAAUCCCCUACAAGCUGCACAGAUUUUUCAGUCAGUAUGCUUUGUAGCUAUUAAGACAUUAUCAUUAAUUGAACAAUUGCAGACAGAAGCCCAGAUCAGUAUAUUGCUGAGACCAACACAUUUGCCACCUUUACCGAGUUAUGUUCUGAGUCUUUCUGCAUAUCCCUUUAAUUACACAUCUCAAAGAUUUUACAUGUCUGAAGGGAUAGUGAUUGCAAUGGGAACUGUAACAAAAUACACACAAGGAGCAAGAUUUCUUUGUACUGAGGAAACCUGUCCAUUCUCUGAAGGGUUUAGGUGCAUCAGAGUGCAUUGUCCUGGAGCUACAGAGUCUGCUACAGUGAGGACUGAUUUUGUGUGUAGUUUGUGUUCUUCACCACUGCAGGAAGACAUGAAAUUUAGAGUACUUGGUGAUAAACAAAUAGUUGAAAUGAUUGAUGCUAAAAUUCUGAAUGCUUUGAAAGGAUAUUCCAUUGAUAAAUCACACUUUAGGAUUCAGGCAUUUACAUUGUUCUUGAGAGACGAACUGGCCAAUAAAAUGACAAUAGGAAACCACUACAGGAUUAUAGGAAUUCCAGCUUGUGUACAAAAUGGCCUACAAAUGACUGCAUGUAUAGAAGUCAACAGUGUACAGCUCUAUAAACCAAAUGAUUCUUCUUUUGUCAGUGACAAUUUUAAGUAUCUGCUCUCACUGACUUCAAGUUCACGCUGGAGGUUUAGUGCUGUCCUGGCCAACAUCUUUGCUUCUCAAGUUGUUCCACCAGGCACUUACAAUACUCUUAAACUUGCAAUAUUGCUGAGUCUAGUACAGACAUGUGAAAAAGAAAAUGCAGAUUAUCUGGAUCUCUUGAUUAUGACAAGUGACACGCUAGUAAUUGACAGGCUUCUGAAUUACAGCUUAUGCCUUCUGCCCCGUGGCAUACGACACCCACCUUCCGGUGACAUUUUUCCUUCUGUGUCCAAAGAUAAACAUGGAACUGGAAGUGCCAGUAUUCAAGCCUGCAGCGCUGUGCUGGCCAAGGGUGGCAUCUGUUGCAUAGGAGACUUAAGUUCAUAUAAAAAGGAUAAACUUGAACUUCUACAGUCUGUGCUAGAGAGCAGAACAACAACAGUAUUUAUUCCUGGGAAGAAGUAUGGAGAAGAGGCUGACCAACAAGUCACUGUUUCAGUUCAGACCAACUUUUGGUCCUUUGUAGAUGUGGACUCUUCCUCAAAGAAACAUAUACAAAAGGAGAACUUUCUAAUUGGACAGAUGGAUGUGAGUUUGAUUCCAGUUAACCUUGUAGAUGGUUUUGGGCUCUUGAUCUACAAUGAGUUUCCUUCCUGUCGCCUGUCUUCUCCUGUUGUGCAUCAUACCUUGAAAAAAGCCAUUAAUCCUGAAGCCAUGCUGUACAAAGCCUCACAGCAGUUCAGAACACAGGAUUAUGAGGAGUUUAUUUUGUAUGCUAGGAAUCUUCAUGUUGAACUGAGUUCAGAAGCAGAAAGUCUCAUUCAGGGCUAUUAUCUUGCAAGUCGCAGGGUGAGAAGAGAUUCCAUUCAUGGAUCAACAUUAUCAGCCUCUGCACUAAAAAUCCUGAUUUCACUGGCUAAGGCUCAUGCCAAGCUCAGCUUAAGGCAGAGAGUGCUUGAGGAAGAUGCAGUGAUUGCCAUCUUGUUACUCGAGUCAUCGCUGACCCUAAAACAUGGCACAUCUGCACUAUGUGUAGCACCAAAUCCUGUAUUUCCAUUUGACCUCAGUGAUGAAAACGCCCUGCAACAGAGAGAUAUUUACCUCAUGCAGUGUCACCAUCAACUGCUGAAGUUUAUUGCUGCCUAUAGCCCAGGAACUCACAUUAACACUAAUGAAGAGUAAAAACUCCACUCUAAGUAAAGCCUGAGGCUUUGGCUUUUUGAAGGCUACAGAAAAAAAAUCUAAAAAAUUACUAAAAAAAAAAUCCAAAAAAAUUAGAAAUCCAAAAUUACUAAAAACAGAAGACAGUUCAGUGAUGUUUUACCAAGGUCAGCUGACAGGACCUGAAUUACAAGUUUUGUGAGUUGUUUGAAGGCAGGAGGGAAGUCUUCAUCCUGGAAAGCCAUGGCUUCAGAAUACAGUCCCAACUAGAACUUCUCUUCCUGGCUACCACUCUCCAUUCACAGCUAAGCAAGGAGUGAUUUAGCAUUCAGGAUUUUUACUGAGACUGCAAGUAAAAAUUAAAUCACCAGUUCAGAAUCUAUGUUUCAUUUCAGCAACCUGAAUGCUACAGGCUUUUUUGCUGCUUCCUUUCAAAUGUAUCAUCCAAAUGGUUACGGAGUUUUAGCAUUAAAAAUCUUCUUUUCAUAGUUUAAGUCAGUCUUUACUUAUUCAUGGUGUAUAUAUUUUAAAAUUUAUAAAAGUAUUGCCAUAUUGCUUCAU